AACUAUCUUUGCAUUCUUAUCCUUAAACAUGCAUUUUACUUCUCUCGCUGCUACUGCAUUAACUCUUUUAGUAGCCGUCAAUACUGCUCAAGCCAAAAAGGUUCUUUCUUGGGAUGAUGCCUACACUAAAGCCAAGGCUCUCGUUGGCCAAAUGUCUCUCGAGCAAAAGGUUAACAUCACCACCGGUGAUGGUUGGAUGAUGGGUCGUUGUGUCGGUAACACAUAUCCUAUCACUAAGCCUGAUUUCCCUGCCCUUUGUUUACAAGAUGCUCCUCUUGGUAUGCGUUUUGCUGACAAUGUCACCUCUGGUGUAGCCGGUAUCAAUGCUGCUGCUUCAUUCGAUAAAGAAGCUAUUCUUGCUCGUGGUGUAUAUCUCGGUCAAGAAUUUUACGACAAGGGUGUUCAUGUUCUUCUCGGUCCUGCUAUGAAUCUCGGUCGUUCAAACGAAGGUGGUCGUGGUUGGGAAAGUGGUGGAGAAGACCCUUAUUUGAUUGGUGUUCUUGCUGCUGAAAGUGUUAAGGGUAUUCAAAGUGAAGGUGUUAUUGCUACAGCCAAGCAUUAUAUUUUGAAUGAUCAAGAACUUAAUCGUAAAAACAGUUCCUCAAAUGCUGAUGAAAGAACUUUGCAUGAAGUUUACUUAUGGCCCUUUGCUCGUGCUGUCGAGGCCGGUGUUGGCUCCAUUAUGUGUAGUUACAACCAGUUGCACGGUACCUGGGCUUGUGAAGAUGAUUACACUUUAAACCAAGUAUUAAAGGGUGAACUCGGAUUCAAGGGUUUUGUUCAAUCUGAUUGGUCUGCUACUAUGUCAACUGUACCCUCUGCCAAUGGUGGUCUUGAUAUGACCAUGCCUGGUGAUAUUACUUUCAAUUCUAAUGACUCUUACUUCGGUAAGAACUUGACUGAUGCUGUACAUGCCAAGACUGUUGACGAAUCUCGUGUAACUGAUAUGGUAACUCGUAUUGUUGCUGCAUGGUACAAGGUUGGCCAAGACAAGAACUUCCCUAGCGUUAAAAUCAAUGCAUUCCACCGUGACGAAGCUGAAAUUGUCAACGUUCAAAGAGAUCACAAGAAGUUAGCUCGUUCUAUGGCUGCUGCCUCUAACGUUCUUCUCAAGAAUUCAGGCAUUCUCCCUCUUUCCAAGUCAACCAAGAGUAUCGCUCUUGUUGGUAGUGGUAUCAAGGUUUCUGCUUCUGGUAUUAACGGUAAGGACGCUUGUGCCGAUCACGGUUGUCUUGAUGGUCAUCUCGCUCAAGGUUGGGGUUCCGGUACUGCCGAUUUCCCUUACUUAAUUGAUCCUCUUACUGGUCUUACAAAUGCUUUGGGUAAAGGUGUUAAGAUCCAAACCUCUGACAGCGAUUGGGAUCUUGAAGCCGCUGCUACUGCUGUUGAAGGUGCUGAUGUUGCAUUUGUAUUCUCUGCCACAGAUUCUGGCGAAGAAUAUAUUGUCUUUGAUGGAAAUGUUGGUGAUCGUAACAAUCUUAGUUUGUGGAACAAUGGUGACAACUUGAUUAAGGCUGUUGCUGAUGCUAACAAAAACACCAUUGUUGUUAUCAACUCUGUGGGUGCUACUCUCAUGCCCUGGAUUGACCAUCCCAACAUUAAGGCUGUCCUCUGGCCUGGUCUUGCUGGUCAAGAAUCUGGUAAUGCUCUUGCUGAUGUUGUUACUGGAGCUGUCAACCCAUCUGGUCGUCUUCCUUACACUAUUGCCAAGGAAGUUACCGAUUACAAUGUUAAGCCUGAUCCCAAGUUCGAUAUCGAGUACUCUGAGAAGUUGUUGGUCGGAUACAGAUGGUUUGACCACGCCAAGAUUGAACCUUUGUUCCCCUUCGGUCAUGGUUUGUCAUACACUACUUUCAGUUACAGCAAGUUGAAGGUUAAAGUAAGCAAGGCUAAGAAGAAUGCUGACGUUAGUGUUAAGGCUACUGUUACUGUCACAAACAGCGGUAAGGUUGACGGUGCUGAAAUUGUUCAAGCUUAUAUCUCAUUCCCUGAAAGUGCUGGUUCACCUCCUCAACAACUCCGUGGUUUCGAAAAAGUCUUCUUGAAGAAGGGUAAAAAGGAAAAUGUUGAUAUCGAAUUCACCAAGACCGAACUCAGUAUCUGGGAUACUGAUGCCAAGGCUUGGGUUAUUCCUUCUGGUAAAUUCACCGUUCAUAUUGGUGCCUCCAGUCGUGAUAUUCGUCAAUCCGCUAGCUUCAACCUUUAAAUUAUUUAAAACAACAACAACAAAAAGACAAUACGAUGAGUCUAAAAAUAUCAACAGGAAUUUGAAGAAACUCCCAAUCCUAUCAUACUUACCACUUCAUACCUAAAAACCAUAAUAAAACCUAUUUUAAAUUCA